GUCCCAAGCCGGGCCUGCGACUUCAGUGAGGGGAGUAACGGGCUGGGUCAAAAGUGAUAGACGGAGAGGGGGGAAACUUGGGAAUACCAGCAACAAGAAGGAGUUGGCAGCAGUUUAGCAGAGGCUGAGAUUGAAGCCCUACAGCUGGGAAAAAGACUCUGACAGAGAAGAAGACGACGGCCAUGUUUACAGCGCAAGCAGAGAUCAACCUGUAAAAGAUAAGAGGCGGUCUCCCCCCUCCAGCAGACCCCCCACUGGCCCGCAGCGCAACCCUCACCACAGCAACUCUGCAGAGGAACACGAGAGUCCAGAGAGAGUGGAGCAGAAGGAGAAGCUUCAUGCAGAGUUGAAGCAGGUGCUGAGUCAGAAGAGAAGUCACCUGAGAGAGUCCACCUGUCAGCUGGCCCAACCAGAAAUGAACCCAGAAACUGACAAUGAAGCAACUAUCGAGGUGGCGGUCUCCAAGCCGCAGGAGAUCGUAGUCGAGACGGAAGCAGAGGCCGGCGCUAGCGGCUACAGCGUGACCGGCGGAGGAGAACGAGGGAUCUUCGUCAAAGACGUCCUCAAAGACUCGCCUGCCGCCAAACAUCUCAGUCUGCAGCAAGGUGACCAGCUGCUGAGCGCCAAGGUGUACUUUGACAACGUACGGUAUGAAGAUGCUCUGAAGAUCCUCCAGUGUGCCGAGCCCUACAAGGUCAGCUUCCUGGUUAAGAGGACCGUCCCAGGAGCGGACCUCAGCAUGAAGCCCGGAGUGUCCAGUGUGGAGGUUAAAGGUCCCAAAGCCAAGAUGGCGAAAAUGAGCGUGAAGGGCACCAAGGCAUUCAAGACCAAGAAGAAGCGAGGUGGCCGCUUCGGUCUGAAGAGGCUGAAGGAGAAGCGCCAAGAAGAGCUGGUCAUUGAGGGAACGCCGCCCAGGCUGGAGAUAAGUGACGUGGACGUGGAGUUUUCUCUCCCUAAAUUCCAACACAGGAAGAGUGCCCACCUGGAGGCGGCAGGCGGGGGUGAUGCAGUGAAGGCAAAGAGGAAAAUCAGGUUUCCUCGCAUGAAGACAAAAAGUCGAAUUGGAGGAAAAGAAGAUAGUGGACAACUGGAGGGAACACUGAAUAUCUCCCCAGCUGGGGUUCCAGGAGCUAAAGUAAAAAGCAAAACAAAAGGACACAAGUUUGGAAUCAGCUUCCCAAAGACCACCGAGUCUGGAUCUGUGGAGUUGAAGAAGCCAGACGUGAACAUCCAGCCUCCAUCAGUGGAGUUUAGUCUGUCUGCUGGUCAAGAGAAGCAAGGGGCAAGCUUUAUUUCCCCCGAUGUGGAGUUUGCCAUUCCUUCCGGCAAAGCGGAAGCCUCUUUACCCACUGGGAAGGGAAAGGUGGAAAUUAAAGCUCCAAAAGUAGAAGUUAAAGCAGCAGGAGGCGAAGCCACUCGGGGAAAAGUUGAAGUAGAGUCAGGAAAAGGAGAUGGUAAAAUUAGAAUGCCAAAGAUAAAACUUCCCAAAGUGAGACUCUCACGUCAUUUGGAUGACAGCGAUGAUGGUAUCAAGGUAAAAGUUCCUCAAGAAGACAUUAAAGCCGGAAUGAAAGCUGGAAGUGGGAUUGAAGCGCACAUCCUCAAACCAAAGAUCGAAGCAGACCUUCCUUCCAUGAACAUGCCUUCUGUGGAUAUUUCUUUACCCAAAGUCAAAGGAAAAGACAUGGACAUUUCUGUGCCUGACCUGGAGUUGGAUGUUGGCAGACUUCCUGAUGAAGUGGAGGGCACUUUUAAAGGACCAGACAUUUCUAUACCCACACUUGAUAUCUCUUUAUCAAAUAUGGGAUCCUCUGAUGGGACAGUGGAAGGUUCAGGAAGUACAGGGAAGUUUAUUCUGCCUUCUGUAGACAUUUCCCCACCCAAAGUGAAGACUGAUGCUGGAGACGUAGACAUGGACGUUUACAUUGGUGGAGAUGGGAAGUUCAAACUGCCUAAUUUUAAUGUGUCCCUUCCAAAGGUCAAACCACAAAAAGGAGUGGUCCAUCUCAAAGGAGCAGAAGGUGAAGGAAGCGUCAAGUUACCCACUGUGGACCUGACUCUUCCCAAAAGCAAAGAUCUGGAAAUUGACAUGGACUUUUCGAUUAAAGGUCCUAAAGGCGGAAAGGUCGUGAUGCCAACUGUUGAUGUUUGCCUUCCCAAAGUUGAAGGAGGCCUGGAUAUUGAAGGUCCUGAUGUUAAAGGAGGAAAGUUGAAAAUGCCAACACUGGAUGUUUCUUUACCAAAAGUCAAUCUUCCAGAGGGUGGAAUCACACUGAAAGGUCCGGAAUACAGUGGAGCAAAGAUUGAGAUGGGUGACAUCGAUGUUUCACCUCCAAAAGGACAAUUUGAGGGGGGUGUUGAUCUUGAAGGUCCUGAUGUCAAAGGAGGAAAGUUGAAAAUGCCAAAGUUUGAUGUUUCUUUACCAACUAUAAAUCUACCAGAAGGUAGUGUAAAACUAAAAGGUCCAGAACUCAAGGGAGGAAAGACGGAAAUGCCAGACGUUGAUGUCUCACUUCCUAAAGGAAAAAUAAAGGGCGAUUUUGGCAUGGAAGGUCCUGGAAAGUUUAAAAUGCCAACACUAGAUGUCUCAGUCAAUCUCCCAGAGAGUGGGGUUAAACUGAAAGGUCCUGACAUCUCCCUUCCCAAAGGAAAAGUUGAAGGAGACUUUGACAUUCAAGGUCCUGAUGUCAAAGGAGGAACGUUCAAAAUGCCAUCGUUGGAUGUUUCUUUGCCAAAGGUUCCAGAAGGUGGCAUCAAAUUAAAAGGUCCAGACUUUGAGGGAAGAAAGAUUGAGAUGCCUGACUUCGAGGUUUCACUUCCCAAAGGAAAUCUUGAAGCUGAUCUUGAUGUUGAAGGUCCAGAGAUGAAGGGAGGAAAGUUUAAAAUGCCAACAUUUGAUGUUUCUUUACCUAAAGUCAAUCUUCCAGAGCGUGGACUCAAACUAAAAGGCCCAGAACUCAAGGAAGCAACAAUGGAAAUGCCAGAAAUUGACGUCUCAUUUCCCAAAGGAAAAGUUGAGGGUGACUUUGACAUCAAAGGUCCUGAUCUCAAAGGAAAAAAGUUCAAAAUGCCAACAAUAGAUGUUUCUUUACCAAAAGUUGAUCUUCCAGAGGGUGGUGUUAAAAUCAAAGGUCCAGAACUCAAAGGAGGAAAGAUAGAAAUGCCAGAUGUUGAUGUCUCAAUUCCCAAGGGAAAAGCUAAAGGUGACUUUAAUACAAAAGGUCCUGGAAAGUCCAAAAUGCCAGCGCUAGACAUAACUUUACCAAAAGUUCAUCUCCCAGAUGGUGGUAAUGAACUAAAAGGUCCGGAAUUCAGUGGUGUAAAAACUGGCAUGCCUGACUUAGAUUCUAUUUCCCUUCCCAAAGGAAAGGUUGAGGGAAACUUUGACAUUGAAGGCCCUGACGUCAAUGGAGGAAAGCCCAAAAUGCCAACGGUGGAUGUUUCUCUACCUAAAGUCAAUCUUCCAGAGGGUGGUGUUAAAAUAAAAGGUCCAGACUUUCAAAGAAGGACGAUUGAGAUGCCUGACUUGGAUAUUUCACUUCCGAAAGGAAAACCUGAAGGUAAUCUUGCUGUUGAGAGUCCACAGAUAAAGAGUGGCAAAUUUAAAAUGCCAAAGUUGGAUGUUUCUUUACCCAAAGUCAAUCUCCCAGAGGGUGGUGUAAAACUAAAAGGUCCAGAAUUCAGUGGCGGGAAGAUGGAAAUGCCAGAUGUUGAUGUCUCACUUCCCAAAGGAAAAGCUGAAGGGGAAAUAAACACUGAAGGACAUGUUGGCAAAGGAGGAAAAUUCCACAUGCCCACUGUUGAUAUUUCUUUUCCUAAAAUAAAAACAAAAGUUCCAGAGAUGAAUAUUGAAGGUCCUGACAUCAAAAGUGGAAAGGUCUCAGUACCAACAGUUGAUGUUUCGCUUCCCAAAAUUGAAGGAGGCCUGGAUAUUGAAGGUCCUGAUGUCAAAGGAGGAAAAUUCAAAAUGCCAACAAUGGAUGUUUCUAUGCCAAAAGUCAAUCUUCCAGAGGGUGGAAUAAAAAUAAAAGGUCCAGAACUCAAAGGAAAAAAUAUGGACAUGCCAGAUAUGGGCAUAUCUUUUCCCAAAACAAAAACAGAGGGAGAAAUAGAAAUUGAGGGACAUGUUGGAAAAGGGGGAAAGUUUAAUAUGCCCUCUGUUGAUAUUUCGCUUCCUAAAAUGAAAACAAAAGGUCCAGAGAUCAACAUUGAAGGUCCUGACAUGAAAGGUGGAAAGGUCUCCGUGCCAACUGUUGAUGUUUCCCUCCCCAAAGUUGAAGGAGACGUUGAUAUUGAAGGCCCUGAUGUUAAAGGAGGAAAGUUCAAAAUGCCAACAAUGGAUGUUUCUUUACCAAAAGUCAACCUCCCAGAGGGUGGCAUCAAACUGAAAGGCCCAGAGUUCAGUGGUGCAAAGAUUGAGAUGCCUGAUUUAGAUAUUUCACUUCCCAAAGGAAAAGUUAAGGGUGGUGUUGAUCUUGAAGGUCGUAAUGUCAAAGGAAGAAAGUUAAAAAUGCCAACAUUGGAUGUUUCCUUACCAAAAGUCAAUCUUCCAGAACAUGGCAUCAAAGUAGAAGGUCCAGACAUUGGAGGAAGAAUGGAAAUGCCAGAUGUUGACAUCUCACUUCCCAAAAGAAAAGUUCAGGGUGACUUUGACAUUGAACUUCCUGAUGUCAAAGGAGGAAAGUUCAAAAUGCCAACAUUUGAUGUUUCUUUACCAAAAGUCAAUCUUCCAGAGGGUGACAUCAGACUAAAAGGUCCAGAACUCAAAGGAGGAAAGAUGGAAAUUCCAGAUGUGGACGUUUCACUUCCCAAAACAAAAGCAGAGGGAGAAAUAGGAAUUGAAGGACAUGUUGGCAAAGGAGGAAAGUUUCAAAUGCCCUCUGUUGAUAUUUAUCUUCCUAAAAUGAAAACCAAAGGUCCAGACAUCAACAUUGAAGGGCCUGACAUUAAAGGUGGAAAGGUCUCCAUGCCAACUGUGGAUGUGGCCCUUCCCAAAGUUGAAGGAGACCUUGAUAUAGAAGGCCCGGAUGUCAAAGGAGGAAAGUUCAAAAUGCCAAAGUUUGAUGUUUCUUUACCAAAAGUCCAUCUCCCAGAGGGUGGCAUCAACCUUAAAGGUCCAGACGUCAGAGGAAAGCUGGAAAUGCCAGAUGUUGAUGUCUCACUUCCCAAAGUAAACGUUGAAGGGGAUUUUGACAUUGAAGGUCCAGAUGUCAAAGGAGGAAAGUUCAAAAUGCCGGCAAUGGAUGUUUCUUUACCAAAAGUCAACCUCCCAGAGGGUGGCAUCAAGCUGAAAGGACCAGAGUUGAGUGGUGCAAAGAUUGAGAUGCCAGAUUUAGAUAUUUCACUUCCCAAAGGAAAACUUGAAGGUGGUGUUAAUCUUGAAAGUCCUGAUGUCAAAGGCGGAAAGUUCAAAAUGCCAAAGUUGGAUUUUUCAUUACCAAAAGCCAAUCUUCCAGAGCAUGGCAUCAAACUAAAAGGUCCAGACCAUGGAGGAAAGGUAGCAAUGCCAGACAUUGACAUCUCACUUUCCAAAGGAAAAAUUGAGGGUGGUGUUGACGUUAAAGGUCCUGAUAUCAAAGGAGGAAAGCUCAAAAUGCCAAAGUUGGAUGUUUCUUCACCAAAACUCCAUCUCCCAGAGGGUGGCAUCAAACUAAAAGGACCAGAGUUCAGUGGUGCAAAGAUUGAGAUGCCUGAUUUAGAUAUGUCACUUCCCAAAGGAAAAAUUAAGGGUGGCAUUGAUCUUGAAAGUCCUGAUGUCAAAGGAGGAAAGUUUCAAAUGCCCUCCGUUGAUAUUUCUCUUCCUAAAAUGAAAACAAAAGGUCCAGAGAUCAACAUUGAAGGUCCUGACAUGAAAGGUGGAAAAAUCUCCGUGCCAACUGUUGAUGUUUCCCUUCCCAAAGUUGAAGGAGACCUUGAUAUUGAAGACCCUGAAGUCAAAGGAGGAAGGUUCAAAAUGCCAAAGUUGGAUUUUUCUUUACCAAAAGUCAACCUCCCACAGGGUGGCAUCAACCUUAAAGGUCCAGACUUCGGAGGAAAGCUGGAAAUGCCAGAUGUUGAUGUUUCACUUCCCAAGGGAAAGGUUGAAGGAGGCCUGGAUAUUGAAAGUCCUGAUGUCAAAGGAGGAACGUUCAAAAUGCCAAAGUUGGAUGUUUCUUUACCAAAAGUCCAUCUCCCAGAGGGUGGCAUCAAACUUAAAGGUCCAGACCUCGGAGGAAAGUUAGAAAUGCCAGAUGUCGAUGUCUCGCUUCCCAAAGGAAAAGUUGAAGGAGAUUUAGCCAUUGAAGGUCCUGAUCUCAAAGGAGGAAAGUUCAAAAUGCCAAAGUUGGAUGUUUCUUUACCAAAAGUCAAUCUCCCAGAGGGUGGCAUCAAACUAAAAGGACCAGAACUCAAAGGAGGAGAGAUGGAAAUGCCAGAUGUGGACAUUUCACUUCCCCAAAUAAAAGCGGAGGGAGAAAUAGGAAUUGAAGGACAUGUUGGCAAAGGAGAAAAGUUUCAAAUGCCCUCAGUUGAUAUUUCUCUUCCUAAAAUGAAAACAAAAGGUCCAGAGAUCAACAUUGAAGGUGACAUGAAAGGUGGAAAGGUCUCCAUGCCAACUGUUGAUGUUUCCCUUCCCAAAAUUGAAGGAGACUUUGAUAUUGAAGGCCCUGAUGUUAAAGGAGGAAAGUUCAAAAUGCCAAAGUUUGAUGUUUCUUUACCAAAAGUCCAUCUCCCAGAGGGUGGCAUCAAACCUAAAGGUCCAGACCUCGGAGGAAAGCUGGAAAUGCCAGAUGUUGAUGUCUCGCUUCCCAAAGGAAAAGUUGAAGGAGAUUUUGGCAUUGAAGGUCCUGAUGUCAAAGGAGGAGGAAAGUUCAAAAUGCCAAAGUUGGAUGUUUCUUUACCAAAAGUCCAUCUCCCAGAGGGUGGCAUCAAACUUAAAGGUCCAGACCUCGAGGGAAAGCUGGAAAUGCCAAAUGUUGAUGUCUCGCUUCCCAAAGGAAAAGUUGAAGGAGAUUUUGGGAUUGAAGGUCCUGAUCUCAAAGGAGGAAAGUUCAAAAUGCCAACAUUUGAUGUUUCUUUACCAAAAGUCCAUCUCCCAGAGGGUGGCAUCAAAUUUAAAGGUCCAGACCUCGGAGGAAAGCUGGAAAUGCCAGAUGUUGAUGUCUCGCUUCCCAAAGGAAAAGUUGAAGGAGAUUUUGGCAUUGAAGGUCCUGAUGUCAAAGGAGGAGGAAAGUUCAAAAUGCCAAAGUUUGAUGUUUCUUUACCAAAAGUCAAUCUCCCACAGGGUGGCAUCAACCUUAAAGGUCCAGACUUCAGAGGAAAGCUGGAAAUGCCAGAUGUUGAUGUUUCACUUCCCAAAGGAAAAGUUGAAGGAGGCCUGGAUAUUGAAGGUCCUGAUGUCAAAGGAGGAAAGUUCAAAAUGCCCAAGUUCGAUGUUUCUUUACCAAAAGUCAAUCUCCCAGAGGGUGGCAUAAAACUUAAAGGUCCAGAGUUCAGUGGUGCAAAGAUUGAGACGCCUGAUUUAGAUGUGUCACUUCCUAAAGGAAACAUUGAGGGUGGUGUUGAUCUUGAAAGUCCUGAUGUCAAAGGAGGAAAGUUCAAAAUGCCAAAGUUGGAUGUUUCUUUACCAAAAGUCCAUCUCCCAGAGGGUGGCAUCAAACUUAAAGGUCCAGACCUCGAGGGAAAGCUGGAAAUGCCAAAUGUUGAUGUCUCGCUUCCCAAAGGAAAAGUUGAAGGAGAUUUUGGGAUUGAAGGUCCUGAUCUCAAAGGAGGAAAGUUCAAAAUGCCAACAUUUGAUGUUUCUUUACCAAAAGUCCAUCUCCCAGAGGGUGGCAUCAAAUUUAAAGGUCCAGACCUCGGAGGAAAGCUGGAAAUGCCAGAUGUUGAUGUCUCGCUUCCCAAAGGAAAAGUUGAAGGAGAUUUUGGCAUUGAAGGCCCUGAUGUCAAAGGAGGAGGAAAGUUCAAAAUGCCAAAGUUUGAUGUUUCUUUACCAAAAGUCCAUCUCCCAGAGGGUGGCAUCAACCUUAAAGGUCCAGACUUCAGAGGAAAGCUGGAAAUGCCAGAUGUUGAUGUUUCACUUCCCAAAGGAAAAGUUGAAGGAGGCCUGGAUAUUGAAGGUCCUGAUGUCAAAGGAGGAAAGUUCAAAAUGCCAACAUUUGAUGUUUCUUUACCAAAAGUCCAUCUCCCAGAGGGUGGCAUCAAACUUAAAGGUCCAGACCUCGAGGGAAAGCUGGAAAUGCCAAAUGUUGAUGUCUCGCUUCCCAAAGGAAAAGUUGAAGGAGAUUUUGGGAUUGAAGGUCCUGAUCUCAAAGGAGGAAAGUUCAAAAUGCCAACAUUUGAUGUUUCUUUACCAAAAGUCCAUCUCCCAGAGGGUGGCAUCAAACUAAAAGGACCAGAACUCAAAGGAGGAGAGAUGGAAGUGCCAGAUGUUGAUGUUUCACUUCCCAAAGGAAAAGUUGAAGGAGGCCUGGAUAUUGAAGGUCCUGAUGUCAAAGGAGGAAAGUUCAAAAUGCCCAAGUUCGAUGUUUCUUUGCCAAAAGUCCAUCUCCCAGAGGGUGGCAUCAAACUUAAAGGUCCAGACCUCGGAGGAAAGCUGGAAAUGCCAGAUGUUGAUGUCUCGCUUCCCAAAGGAAAUGUUGAAGGACACUUUGGCAUUGAAGGUCCUGAUCUCAAAGGAGGAAAGUUCAAAAUGCCAACAUUUGAUGUUUCUUUACCAAAAGUCAAUCUUCCAGAGGGUGGCAUCAAACUAAAAGGUCCAGAACUCAAAGGAGGAAAGAUGGAAAAGCUUGAUGUGCAUGUUUCACUUCCCAAAAUAAACACAGAGGGAGAAAUAGGUAUUGAAGGACAUGUUGGCAAAGGAGGAAAGUUUAAAAUGCCCUCUGUUGAUAUUUCUCUUCCUAAAAUGAAAACCAAAGGGCCAAAGAUAAACAUUGACGGUCCUGACAUGAAAGGCGGAAAGGUCUCCAUGCCAACUGUCGAUGUUUCCCUUCCCAAAGUUGAAGGAAACCUUGAUAUUGAAGGUCCUGAUGUCAAAGGAGGAAAGUUAAAAACGCCAACAUUUGAUGUUUCUUUUCCAAAAGUCAAUGUCCCAGAGGGUGGCAUUAGACUAAAAGGUCCAGAACUUAAAGGAGGAAAGAUAGAAAUGCCAGAUGUAGAUGUCUCACUUCCCAAAGGAAAGGCUGAAGGAGGCCUGGAUAUUGAAGGUCCUGUUGGAGGAAAAGGAGGACAUUUCCAUUUGCCCUCUGUUGAUAUUUCUCUUCCUAAGAUGAAAACAAAAGGUCCAGAGAUCAACAUUGAAGGUCCUGACAUGAAAGGUGUAAAAGUCUCCAUGCCAACUGUUGAUGUUUCCCUUCCCAAAGUUUCAGGAGACCUUGAUAUUGAAGGUCCUGAUGUGAAAGGAGAAAGGUUCAAAAUGCCAAAGUUUGAUGUUUCUUUACCAAAAGUCCAUCUCCCAGAGGGCGGCAUCAACCUUAAAGGUCCAGAACUCAAAGGAGGAAAGCUGGAAAUGCCAGAUGUUGAUGUUUCACUUCCCAAAGGAAAAGUUGAAGGAGGCCUGGAUAUUGAAGGUCCUGAUCUCAAAGGGGGAAAGUUCAAAAUGCCAACAAUAGAUGUUUCUUUACCAAAAGUCAGUCUUCCAGAGGGUGGCAUUAAAGUAAAAGGACCAGAUUUUAGUGGUGCAAAGAUUGAGAUGCCUGAUUUAGAGAUGUCAUAUCCCAAAGGGAAUUUUGAAGGUGGUGUUGAUGUUGAAGGUCCUGAUGUCAGAGGAGGAAAGUUCAAAAUGCCAACAUUUGAUGUUUCUUUGCCAAAAGUCAAUCUUCCAGAGGGUGGACUCAAACUAAAAGGUCCAGAACUCAAAGGAGGAAAGAUAGAAAUUCCAGAUGUGGACGUUUCACUUCCCAAAACAAAAGCAGAGGGAGAAAUCGGAAUUGACGGACAUGCUGAAAAACGAGGAUCGUUUCAAAUGCCGUCAGUUGAUAUUUCUCUUCCUAAAAUGAAAACAAAAGGUCCAGAGAUCAACAUUGAAGGUCCUGACAUGAAAGGUGGAAAGGUCUCCAUGCCAACUGUUGAUGUUUCCCUUCCCAAAGUUGAAGGAGAUCUUGAUGUCAAAGGAGGAAAGUUAAAAAUGCCAAAGUUGGAUGUUUCUUUACCAAAAGUCAAUCUCUCGGAGAGUGGUGUUAAAAUAAAAGGUCCAGACUUUGGAGGAAAGGGGGAAAUGCCAGAUCUGGACGUCUCGCUUCCAAAAGGAAAAGCUGAAGGAGAAAUAGAAAUUGAAGGUCAUGUUGGGAAAGGAGGGAAGUUCCAAAUGCCCUCUGUUGAUAUUGGUCUUCCUAAAAUAAAAACAAAAGGUCCAGAGAUAAACAUUGAAGGUCCUGAAGUUAAAGGUAGAAAAGUCCCCAUGCCAACUCUUGAUGUUUCUUUUCCCAAAAUGAAAUCUCCAGAAGUAGAUGUCAGCUUUGACGGUCCUGAUGUCAAAGGUGGAAAAAUCACCAUGUCCGGAAUGAAAGGAGAUAUUCAUCCAGCCAAAUUUGAUGUUAAAGGUGUGGACAUUAAGACAGGUAGUGUAGAAGGUCCAAGUUCAUCUCUUAAAGUUCACACUGUCAAACUGCCAUCAGUGGACAUCUCCGCUCCAAAGGUUGAUCUAGACUUUGGCAUCUCCAAGCCAAAAGGUGAUGAGGUGGAAGUGGCACUUUUGAAGGCCGAGGGAAGCCGGCCUUCUUCAGGAGGAAGCUUUGAUUUACCCAGUGUCUCUCUCAAAGUCCCUAGCUUUUCUCUUCCGAGGUUUGGUGGAAAGUCCAAGAGUGGUAAUCUGGAACUAUCAGGACAAAGCAGUGAGGGGAACAUUUCUCUCAAGACACCUUCCAUGGAGUUGGACUUGGACAAAAACAUCAAGGGGAAAAAAACUAAACUCAAAAAACCCUCUUUGGGAAUAUCUAAAGUAGAUGCAGAUGUGUCUGUGUCUUGCCCUGAAUUAGAUGUUAAUUUAAAAAAAAGGGAAAUUGACAUUCCGAAAUCAGAUGUUCAACUCCCAGAGGCCACCGUGGAAGGAAAAGGUCGCUUCCAUGCACCUGAUGUCACCAUCAAACUGCCAAAGUUCUCCAGGCCAGCAUUUGGUUCAAAGGAUGGAGAUUUUGAAAAGCCAAGUGGUGACCUUGAAGCUAAGGCUAAGGUCAGGAUGCCAUCAGUGGAGCUGUCACUUCCAGCCUCUAAAUCACCAGAAACUGAAGUUCUUAUCCCCAAAGCGGAAGUGGACGUAUCAGACGCUGACAUCAGAGCCUAUGAGGGAGACUUGAAAAUCCCAAAGAGACCUGCAAUUGAUGUCUCUGUCCCCAAAGUAGACUUGGCUGUGCCGCUUCCCAAAAUAAAACAUGAUCCCAGUUACGAGAAGGCCGGAGCCAAAUUCAAGAUGCCCGAUGUUGACCUGUCCUUACCUAAAGGGAAAGUAGGCAACAUUGAAGGAAGUGGUGCUGGAGCUGAAGUUGAGGGGGGGAAGCUAAGAAUGCCUCACAUAAGCAUUCCUAGUGUAGACGUGUCACUGCCGAAAGGAAAACCUCCAAAGACUGAAGAACCAGAAGUUGAACUUAAAGGAAAGCUAAAAAUGCAGCCAAUGGAUGUAUCCCUACCCAAGGCACCACAUGCUCAUAUACAUGGAAGCGACUUGAAGACUCCACAUGCUGACAUCAACCUGCCUGAACCAACAAAACCAGGAGCAAAAAUUGAAGUUGACACAAAUGUCCAGUCACCACAUGUGGACGUUGAUGUGAGUCUCCGUAAAACCAAACAACACACAGGCAACAAAGAGAAAGCUGAUGUGCACGGUGAAGGAGCGCAUGCAGGCCUGAAACUAAAGAUGCCAACGCUGGACAUCAAAGUUCCGAAAGGAGACCUGGAGCUGGAUUUAGGACGAAGCAAAGGAGAGGCUACAACUGAAGGCAGCGGCAAAGUCAAAGGGCCAAAAGUGAAAGGAGCAAAGUUUAAUAUUGGAAUGCCAAAAAAGAAAAAUGGUGGGGGUGUAGCUGAUGUUGGAGUACCCACUUCCCACAAUGGACACACAGGGGGUCCAAACGUUCAAAAGGAAGGCGUCACGUUACCAAGUGGUUCAGCCAGUGUGGGGACAGCAGGAGGAAGUGGCCUCCCAAGGAUUCCAGACAUAGACUUUGACAUCGGCACAUCACAAGAUGAAGAUGAGGAAAGGAAAAUCAAAAUCCCAAAGUUUGGUGUUCCCUUACCCUCUAUGUCAUCCCCCGAAGGAAGGAUGGAGUUAUGUGGGCCAGAGAUCAGAUAUGAGGGUGCCAAGGUACCGAAAGUGAAGAAAGCAGUUUUUGUUCUAGUAAAUCCACCUCAAACAGAGGAUGUCACUUUAUCUACCGGUGACCCCAUCCAGAAGACAACAAAGAUCCAAACAAAGUCCAUAGAAUCCUCUGCCACACAGAGAGGAACCGUUAGAAUUCCUGAAAUGUCAGUCAGUGCUGGAAAAUCUGGGUCAGCUGGCGUCACUCUCAAAGCAGAAGCUUCAAGUUCAAGUCCAAACAAGGUCUUCAAAGACGACACGGGCACGUUGAGCGGAAAGGUCAAACUUCCGAAGGUAGAAUUAACAUCUCAUUACGCAAAGAAGACUGCAGCAGACAGCAACCUGGAAAUGAGAAGCAAAGUGGUUAAACAUUCAUCAUCUGGGGAAAUGGAGCAAGGCCCUGCAGGGCUUCAGCUGAAACCAAGCAAGAUUUCAUUUGAAGGUUUCCCUGAGGACUCCUCAAAAGGAGUUGUCAUACACUCUAGGACGGAAAGGCUGGAUAGGGACGGCUCCGGUUCUCCUUCUGGUUUUACUGUGGAGUUCAGCUCAGCAAAGAUGGACACCACAAGAGACUACCAAGAGGCAGAGUCUUCCCCCUGGUUCAAGGCCCCAAAGUUCACCCUGAAGCCACACUCCACAGGCUUCCUCCAGAUCACGCCAGAGGGGUCUCCUCGGGCCCAGCGUCGAGGAGAGGUGGGGGGCGAGGCCAACGUAUCGGGGUCCUUCAGUAUGCACACGUCAGAUGUGGACGUCACCACCCGGGAAGCGUCUUCCUCGGUGGGAGGGGUUGUCACCACAAUGACCAAGACGUCGAGGAUCACGCGGCACUCCACGCCGGCCGGGACACAGACGGGUGAAUCGUUGGUGAGCACUCGUCAGCCCUCAGACCUCUGAGGAGGACGUGAAUGUCUUCUUUUUUCUACUUUGCCAGCAUUAACAGUAGAGUAAUAUAUAUUUACCUUUUCAUUAUAAUUGUGCCUUUUUUGUUACUCCCUCUCAAAGUGUGUUAGAAUAGUUGGUGGUAAGAUUUCACAUUAAACGUGAUUAUUUUAUGUUAAGUCAGAGUAGUUCCAUUUACUGCCAGAGGACAAUGUAAAUACAAGUCAUGUAUGGAGCUAAAGUUCUUUUUCUUUUUUUAAGCAUUAUUGGUCUUUUCUCUGAGAGUAGCAGUCACAAUUUCUUUUGUUUGUACUUCUGCUUCUUUGCAUUUUGUUUUUUUUUAAGCAUUUAGCCUGUCAGUGAUGCCCAAACAUACUUUUUUUGUAUCAUCAUCAUGAACUGUAAAGCUUCUAGCUGCUGGCUGUCAAGCGUUUUCUUCAAACCGCUGCUAUUUUAGUUCACGUUUCUAUUUGUCAUGCACUACCAUGCAACAUUUUGACGUUCGGGUCCUUGUCAGUGAACAUCAAGUGGUGCAAAAAGUUGGGCAUAUGCAUUCAAAUUUUAGGGAAGGUCAAAUUAAAGGUUACACUGCAUUUUAGCUUCAUCCUGGUAAUUAUUAAUAAAACUGAGCUGGACUUGCUUGAUGGGCCCUACUUUAUCAGCAUUUACCCAUUUUGGAAUUAUUUUUAAUGCAAUUUCAUCCAUUUGUAAGUCAAUUUAAGAACCUAUAUCAGAAAUGGACCUUCCCACAUUAUUGAAAGCACACAAUGUCCCACCAAGAUGAAGAAUUAAGAUUCAAGGACAACUAAACCAACGUGUCGCUGAUUCAGUACUCUCGCUGACAGUCAUAAAUAAAACAUUAUUGUCUUGGGAAUAGAACUAACAUCUGACAUGUUGUUGUAAAGUGCAGCCAGUUAGUUUGCGAACCUUUCAAGUGGACACUGUGGAACGUACACAUACAGUUUAUGACUUGGGCUGGCUUUCCUUGCUGUGCCUGUUUUGCAGGUGAACACAUUUGAUUUAUUUUUUUCAAUGUUUCAAAUGCUGGAUGAAGUUACGUUAUGUUGUGUAGAAAUGAACGCCCAAUAUGGUUUGGUAAUGUGAUUUAUUUUAUCUUUGUUUUUUGUUGUGUAAGUGGCAAGUGUUGUGUCCUCAAAUGCAUUGGAGAGAUUGUUGGUUAAGAUAAAUAAAAUAAUAUAUUCACACAAAAAAA